AUAAAAAAAAAUUAUUCAUUCAAGAAUGCGAAAAAUUAAUAAACAUUAUAAUCCGGUUCUCGUAUGAAUAGGCACUACUAAAGUUACGAGUGCAUUUAAAGACAAGUCUGUUAAAAGAAGAAGCAAAUCAAAGAUUUUAUACACGGCAAAUACUAAGGUUAGUAAACAAAGAGCGGAAAAAAAACAUUUAAACAUAAUGUUAAAUUCGGACAAUAAAUAUUGCAUAAACUGUGGUAAUACAGUAAAAAGUCUUUAUAAAGAAUAUAGUUCAACGGUAUUGAAGUUAACAGAAUGUGAUAACUGCAAGAAUAUUGCUGAUAAAUACGUAGAAUAUGAUGCUGUUAUUGUUAUUAUUGAUCUAAUUCUACUUCAAAUGACGGCUUACAGGCACGUUCUGCUCAAUUCCGAAUUUAGAAAUUUUUGGAAGUUAUCCAUUGGAUUGAUAAUAUUAGAAACAUACAUGACUUGGAUUUUAAGUAAAGAAUUUCCAAUUGAAAGACCAAUUAGAGAAAUACAUAACAUAUCAACAUUCAAUGAAGCAGAUAUUUAUCUUGAUGAUAUAAAAUUUUAUGAAAUGAGUCUCAACACUAUUCUAGGAUUUAUCAGUUACAUAAUUGUAACAUUUAGUUUAACGGGAAUUUAUUCUUAUUUAAGAAAAACUGAUAAAAUAUCAUUAAUUACUGUUUCCAAAGCAGUAUGUCUUUCCAGCAGUGGAAUAUUUCUAAUAUUACCUUCAUUGAUAUGGGAUACACAAAUUAAUGAAUUCCACAUUCUUUUUGUAUCAUUAUAUACUACACUUUCACAGUUAUUAGCUCAUAAAGCGAUCACAAAUUCAGAAAAAAUUUGGAGCUUAGUAGUUGUUUUUUUAUCCAAUUUAGUUAAAAUGUAUAUAAUGUCCACUCCACUUACUAAAAUAGCUGUCGAGUGAUAAAACUGUCAAAAAGACAAUUAUAGUAUUCAAACACAAAUAUUGUUUUUACUUACAUCUAUAUAUGGGAGACAGAAGAGGUUCUCUUAAGCCAGGGUUUUGGUCAUGGGAUGAUUACAACAAUACAUUAGUGUUUACUAAGUAAGUACAUACUUGCAGUUAACAAUACAGUUGAAGACCUGUAGGUAAAGUGAAUAUGAAAUUUUUUGAAAAAGUCAUAUCAGUCAGUUCAAGACAAAUUGUAAAGUUGCCGAGGACUUAACGGCCCCGGAUCUUAAGGUCCUCUCGACCUCUAACUUCCCUCCAUCCAGGGCUUGUAACCCGGAAGUCAUGGUUAUAUGCUAAUAGAACGAUUUGGCUCCUAAGCUGUGGAACUGAAACUGCAUCUGGUCGUUAGUUGAGCGGGACAAUCCUAUUCCGAAUUUACGGAACAACAGCUGCUGGAUUUCAUUGAUGAGGUGACUGGGGCCAUCAUGCCGUCUCCAUCCGGCAAAGCAGUGUCCCCCUCUUCAGUUGGUUAGGAAUCAUAUCCUAAUUCGUCAAAAGCGGAAAUUUUAUAUCUUUAUACUUUGGAAAAAUUAAAAAGGAAACGACUCAUGGACCUGGAUACUUAUUUCCAUUGUAUUGGAGCUGGAACGCGAGCGUUUAAUUUAUGUUGGACGCGAACGAGGGCGUCAACGUUGGUGCAAAAUUUUAUAAAUAGACCUUAAAGCUACAG